AGAGUUAUCACCUACAGAACAACAGAAAGAAAUGUAGACCACCUUAACUGUGGGUUUGCAUUGUACGGCAUGACUAGAACUUGUGCCGUUGAAGUUCCAGAAAUCACAUUUCAGAUGAUUGACCUCAGCUCUUCCAGUUCCCUGGACAUCUCAGUGCUAGCAGAUGUUCUUGUCAAAUACAAAGGUGUGGACUACCCAGAAGUUUGCAUCAGCCAAGGAAGAAUUUAUGUGGCUGAAAUCAGACGCACACCUUUUGUAGAUGCAGAUUACAGCCAACCCAUAAGAUCUCUCCAGAAGUCAGAAACAUUCACUUUGUAUACCUCUGAUCCAUACUCAGCAAAAGACUUGUCUGCUGAAUUAUCCACCAGCACUGCUACUCAGCUUGACAAACAGAGCAUUGAAAUUCAAGUGGAUAAAAUAUGUCUCCACUCAGACGAUUAUUUUCCCAUUAGUGUUUCUAGUCGUAACUUUGGUAAUACACUGUACUGGAAUUCACAAGCAGUGGACAAACACGGACUUUUAGCUCUUGAUUUCAGUGGCACAGUAACAGCAAUAGGCUCUGAUGUGAAGAAAGUUAAAGUGGGAGAUCACGUGGUUUCAUGUUAUCCAGCUGCUGCAUCAUCCAGAGUUCGGAUUCCAGGAACAGUUUGUUUCAAUGUAAAGAAAUUCCCAUGCUUUCAGAAUGUCCCUUGUGUGUCAUACUUUAUCAUUGCUUGGGAAAUCUUCAAUCAGAGGUUACCCAAGGGGAAACACAGCAGAACAUUGGGUAUUAUUUCCACAGAGCCAUCAUCAGUUUUGUGCCAUGUUCUUUCUGCAGCAGCAGAAGAGAUGGGUUGGAGAACAGUACUUGCAAGGCCCACUCCUGAUAAUUUCCAGUAUAUAAACUUAUGCAAUGCCCUUGUUGUUCUUCCUCCAGUGAAUAGACUGUCUUGGGAGGAUCUGGCCCACAUGUACUUUCUUAAAGAUGUGGUGAUAGUGUGUGGCAAUCGACAGUCUGAAUGUAUGCAGAAUGUCAGUGGAAUUGACCAUGAAAGUAUCAGCUUUCAUAUCCUUACACUUAACAGCACUUUCCAGAAAGCAUCUCUGAAGGAAGUGCAAAAGACUGUGCAUGCGUGGAUCAAUUCCAUGGAUAUGAAACGGUUUAGAGGUCUAUCAGGUUCUGUUUUUCAGCAGACUGAGAACUUUGAAAGAAUGAACUCCGUGAUGUCCUAUUUUACCUGCACAUCUGUCCCACUUGCUGUACUGAGAAGGCAGAAGGAUAUCACCAUGCUUUCAGAUAUACCGUUGUAUGAGUCCCAGAAGAAGUUGUUUAAGCAGAAUGCUGUUUACAUAGUAGUUGGGGGGCUCACUGGACUUGGCUUUGAAACGGUGAAAUUCAUAGCCGAGAACGGAGGAGGGUGUAUUGCAAUACUGUCUAGGAAAAGUCCAAGCAAUGAGAAGCAAGAAGAGAUGAAAGCUUUGCGGCAGCGGUAUAAAGGGAGCAAAGUAGUGUUUGUGCAGUGUGAUGUUACUUCAACCAGUGAUGUUGAGAAAGCUUUCCAGAACAUUGUGAACAUCUUUGCGGGGCGUCCAAUCAAAGGUGUGUUUCAAAGUGCUGUUGUUUUACACGAUGGCCGUCUUGAAGUUCUGAAGUUGGCUGACUUUCAGAAAGUGCUGAGCCCAAAAGUAGCAGGGACCCUAAAUCUUCAUUGGGCUACCAGAGGCCAGGAGCUUGACUACUUUGUGUGCUACUCCUCUGUUACUUCCUUUCUGGGAAAUUCCACCCAGGCAAACUAUGCAGCUGCAAACUCUUUCCUGGAUGUCUUCUGCCUCUAUAGGAGGAACUGUGGCCUUUCAGGCCAAUCGAUCAACUGGGGUGCUUUGAACCUUGGCAUACUGCUCAAUCAAAACCAUAUUCAGAACAUUCUGGGAUCCAAGGGCAUAGACAUUCUGCAAGUGCAUGAAAUACAUGAGUACCUCAGGAAGAGCUUACUUAUGAAUAAUCCGCAACAAGCCGUCGCCAAAUUAAAUUUUCAAAUUUUAUAUAACCAUGUUUUUUCUCGGAUUACAUCGCUGAAAAAUCGCUUCAUAUCACUUAUGUCAGAAGAAUUCAGGAACAAGCUUGAAACCUCUGAGGAAACUCAAAUACAAGCCCAGGAUACUGCCUUAAUCAAAUCUGAGGACUAUAUCACCGCGCUGGUGAGUGACCUCACUGGAUUGAACCCAGAUGAACUAACCAUGAAUACAGCACUUUCAUCAUUGGGCAUAGACUCUAUGUCAGCUAUGACAAUUCAGAACCGUGUCUUUCAAGAGAGAAAGGUGGACAUACCUCUUCUGAAGCUGCUUGAUCCUCACACAACUCUGUCAAGUUUAGUAGUAGUUUUAGAAGAAACAAGCAAUGAAAAUGGAAUAGUUGAGAAAAAAAAUGCUGUGGUUGAAAGUGCAGAGAAUGGGAGCUGGCUAUAG